AAAUAUAUUUGAAUACGCUUAAAGGAGUGUAAGGGAAUAUGGUAGAGGGAACCACCGUUGAGAGAGAGGGCACUGAAACCUCUAAACCAGUAUUUGGUGCUACUGGACGUAAAAUUAUCUAUGAUAAAGAUGGAAAACCAUGUCGUUCAUGUAACUCACUCUUAGACUUUAAGCUGGCUAUGGGAGUCCCAUCAACACCAAAGCAACCAGUAAAGAAACCUGAAAUCGUUGAAAAAUCUAAGGUUUUGCCACCAACUAAUCGUGCUUGUCCUCCAGAUGUUGAAGAAAUUGGUAAGUCAAGUUGGACAUUACUCCAUGCCAUAGCAGCUACAUAUCCUGAAGCCCCCACAGAUAAACAACAAACUGAUAUGAAACAAUUUGUUAAGCUCUUUGGUAAUUUCUAUCCAUGUUGGUAUUGUGGAGAAGAUUUUGUAAAGUACACCAAAGUUAAUGAACCAAAAGUGGCAACUCAAGAUGAUUUUGGAAAAUGGCUUUGCGAUGCCCACAAUGAAGUCAACGUUAAACUUGGAAAGGAGAAAUUCGACUGUAAUUUGUGGAAACAACGAUGGAAGGAUGGAUGGAAAGAUGGAAGUUGUGAUUAGACACGAAAUAUAACACUUGUAAAUAAAUAAAAGAACUGAACUUUUCAUGUAUAUAUACAAAUAUACAUAUAUAUAUAUAUCUAUUUUUAUGUAUCUUAUUAAGAUAGCGUAUCCUA